GUCUUGGCAACAUUGAAAUACUAUUUGAUUAUUUGCUAUUCAUUGCAUUAUUUUCAGUUCACCGAGCAUAACCGUCGGUAGUGGCAGUUGUCUUUAGACAGUGGUUAUGCCUAAAGCAUGAAUUGAAUUAUUUUACAAUUUUUACAGUUAUAGCACUUUACUGAAAUGAAAAUAGUUUCGCUACAGUUAUUUUCGUGUUUUCAUUCCUUAUAUUAACACGGUUUAUUGCGAAUUCAUUCAGAUUAGCUAAACUGUAAUUUCAGAUCUACUAUAAACAGUUUUCAUCAAAAUCUUCUAUAAAACUUUAAAUCAACGUUGGAGUUCCUAUAUCCUCAUUAUUAAACCCUGGUACUUAAUUGCGUAAGAUGGUUGAAGUUACAACAUCCAAUUUUACAGAAGAAAUAAGCAACAAUACUCAAACGUUUAACAAUAGCCAAGUAUCAGAAGAAGAACCAUUUGCAAAUUUGAAUAGAUUUUGUGGCUCUCGUUUUUGGGAUCAAAAUUUAACAUGGAACACACAAGAUCCCGAAUUCACACCAUGUUUCGAAAAAACUAUAUUAGUUUGGAUCCCAUGUCUAUUUCUGUGGGCGUUUGCAGGACUAGAAAUAUUCUAUAUAUACAACAGUAAAAGAAGGAAUAUACCAUGGAACUGGUUGAAUUUAUUAAAAAUAGGCGUUACUGCGACUUUAAUAGUUUUAACAGUUAGUGAUAUAGUCACAUCUUAUAAAACAGCAACUGCUAAUGAUAGUUUUGUAAACGAUGUCGACAUAUACUCCCCUUUAUUAAAAAUAUUCACCUUCUUUCUCUCAGGAGUCUUUAUAAUAUAUAACAGAAAAUAUGGUUUACAAACGUCUGGAUUGUUGUUCUUUUUCUGGUUUUUCCUUUCGAUAUUUGGAAUACCUCAAUUCAGAACUGAAAUCAGAAGAGGCAUAAACGAUGAUAUACCAUCAGACCAACAUUACUUCUAUGUUAGCUACUUAAUCUAUUAUCCUUUGGUAGUUUUAAUGUUCCUAUUAAAUUGUUUCGCCGAUAGUCCACCAUUAGAAAGGAAGUAUCCUCAAUCGCAGAAUCCAUGUCCAGAAGAAACCGCUAGUUUCCUGUCUCGUUUGUUAUUUUCCUGGUUCGAUCCUUUGGCAUGGAAGGGUUUCAGGAAACCAUUGGAAACUAGUGAUUUGUGGGAUAUUAACGUUCAAGAUAGUUCGAGAGAACUAGUGCCGGUGUUUGAAAAAUGUUGGCAGCAAACUUUGAGAAAAUGCGAAAGUACCUCACCAAGCCAAGUUGCCCACGCUAAAUUCAAACCGGAUUCAGCUAGUGUGGAUUUUAUUAGCAGCAAGAAAAAGAAGCAGGCGUCCAUUCUACCGGCGCUGUUUAAAUGUUUUGGUCCCGUAUAUUUGUUUGGUGCGUUGUUGAAGUUAGUUCAGGAUCUUUUGACGUUCGCUAGCCCUCAGAUUUUAGGUCUACUUAUUUCUUAUACCAAAUUUAAACAAGAAGCUUGGAAGGGAUACUUUUACGCAGUUUUACUUCUAGUAACAGCUACGGUUCAGACUCUUUUUUUAGCUCAAUAUUUCAACAGGAUGUUCGUGGUAGGAAUGAGGAUACGUACGGUUUUAGUAUCGACUAUAUAUAAAAAAGCUUUGAGAAUAUCGAACAGCGCUAGAAAAGAAAGUACAGUCGGUGAAAUAGUAAAUCUAAUGGCUGUUGACGCUCAAAAAUUCAUGGAUCUCAUCGGUUAUUUAAAUAUGAUUUGGUCGGCGCCCUUACAGAUCUGCCUUUCCCUUUAUUUCUUGUGGAAGGAACUAGGACCUUCGGUAUUAGCCGGUUUGGCAGUUAUGAUCAUUUUGAUUCCGAUUAACGGCUUCAUCGCCAAUAAAAUCAAGAAAUUGCAAGUUAAGCAAAUGAAGAAUAAAGAUGAAAGGGUCAAAUUGAUGAAUGAAAUAUUGAACGGUAUCAAGGUUUUGAAAUUGUACGCUUGGGAACCAAGUUUCGAAGAUCAGGUGUUGAAAAUUAGAAACAAGGAGAUUAAUGUUUUGAAACAGACCGCCUAUUUGAACGCCGGUACUUCAUUUAUCUGGUCAUGUGCUCCAUUUUUGGUGACGUUGGUUACAUUCAUAACCUACAUCUUUAGUGAUCCGGUGAACAAUGUUUUGACCGUAGAGAAAGUAUUCAAAUCCAUGGCAUUAUUCUCUAUAGUAGGAAUGCCGUUGGCCCUUCUGCCUAUGCUGCUGGUUUACACAGUAGAGACGUGGGUAUCGGUUAAGAGAAUCAACAAGUUUAUGAACGCUGAAGAAUUGGAUCCGGAAAAUGUACAACACGAACCGUCUGAAGAACCAUUAACUAUCGAAAACGGAACAUUUUCUUGGGGAGAAGAUCCAAUUUUGAAACACAUAAAUAUCAACAUAAGGAAAAAGACUUUAACAGCCGUGGUAGGAACAGUGGGAUCCGGAAAAUCGAGCUUGAUCUCAGCAUUUUUGGGAGAAAUGGAUAAAAUAUCUGGUAGAGUGAAUUCGUAUGGAAAAGUGGCGUAUGUAUCUCAACAAGCUUGGAUUCAAAACGCCACACUCAAAGAUAACGUUUUGUUUGGUAAACCGUACGAUCAGGCUUUGUACGAUGAUGUUAUCGAGGCGUGUGCUUUGCUACCAGAUUUUGAUAUGCUUCCCGCUGGAGACAAGACGGAAAUUGGAGAAAAAGGUAUCAACUUAUCAGGUGGACAAAAACAGCGAGUCAGUUUAGCAAGAGCCGUAUACUCAAAUGCCGAUAUAUACUUUUUAGACGAUCCACUUAGUGCCGUCGACAGUCACGUCGGCAAACAUAUUUUCGAAAAAGUUAUUGGACCUCACGGUUUACUGAAAAAUAAAACUAGAGUUUUAGUUACGCACGGAAUCACUUAUUUACCACGAACGGAUAAAAUUAUUGUACUGAAGAAUGGCGAAGUAUCCGAAACUGGGACAUAUCAAGAACUAUUGGAUAGGAAAGGUGCUUUUGCAGAGUUCUUGUUGCAACACAUUACCGAAGAAGCCGAAACCGAAGCUGGUUCUAACGUAAAAACAAAUGAAUUAGAUGAACUGAAAGAUCAAUUGGGCGAUACUCCUCUAUCCGAAGAAGUAACAAAAAAACUAAUAAGACAUCGAUCGCGCGUAUCCGAAUCCCAAUCUGAAACCGGUUCAGAUCACAUCGGUAACGGUUCCGUACAAAGAUUGAACAGCAUAGACAAAACCAAUAGAAAAACCUCGACAGAAGAAAUAAAACGCGGGGAAAAGUUGAUCGAAACGGAAAAGGCGGAAACCGGGAACGUUAGAUGGGCUGUAUACAAGCAUUACUUGAAAUCCAUCGGAUUGUUGUUUAUGUUGGCUACACUAAUAUUCAAUUUCGUGUAUCAAGGAUUCAGUGUUGGUUCUAAUGUUUGGUUGGGACAAUGGGCCGAUGAUAAUAAAAUCGUAUCGUAUAAUGUAGUGGAUACCGCUCGAAGGGACAUGUAUUUAGGAGUUUAUGGGGCUCUGGGUCUCGGUCAGGUUAUAACGAUACUGCUAGCGUCGUUGGCGUUAUAUGUAGGAUCUUUAAACGCUGCCAAAUCUUUACAUAUAUUGAUACUUAGAAACGUUUUGAGAGCACCUUGUACGACAUUUUUCGACGUCACUCCUCUCGGAAGAGUCUUAAAUAGAUUCAGCAAAGAUAUCGAUACAUUGGAUAACGUUUUACCAAUGACUAUGAGAGGAUGGGUAAAUUGCUUCUAUUCGGUUGUAGGUACAUUAGCCGUAAUCAGUUAUUCGACACCUAUAUUCAUUUUGGUUAUCAUACCAUUAUGCAUAAUAUAUUAUUUCAUGCAGAGGUUUUACGUAGCUACAUCUAGGCAAGUAAAAAGGUUAGAAUCCGUCUCUAGAUCUCCAAUUUACUCCCAUUUUGGGGAGAGCGUUUCAGGUGCCCACGCCAUUAGAGCAUAUAACCAACAAGAAAGGUUUAUUCUGGAAUCUGAGAACAAAGUAGAUUUGAAUCAAAUAUGCUAUUAUCCUGGGAUCAUAUCGAAUAGAUGGUUGGCAGUCAGAUUGGAAAUGUUGGGAAAUUUGAUUAUAUUUUUUGCCGCUCUGUUUGCUGUGAUUAAACAGGAUCAACGUCCAGGGCUUGUAGGUCUGUCAGUUACUUAUUCUUUACAGAUCACUCAAACAUUAAACUGGCUGGUGAGGAUGACUUCGGACGUGGAAACUAAUAUAGUGGCAGUUGAAAGGAUAAAAGAAUACGGUGAAGCCGAACAAGAAGCGCCUUGGAAAUUAUCCAGCGAAAAAACUUCGCCUUCAUGGCCUGAAGUUGGAAAAGUGGAAUUUAAAAAUUAUUCUGUCAGAUAUAGACCCGGUUUGGAUUUAGUUUUACACGAUAUAAAUUUCGAAAUUAAAGGUGGGGAAAAAGUUGGUAUUGUAGGAAGGACCGGUGCUGGGAAAUCGAGUUUGACAUUGGCGUUAUUUAGAAUUAUAGAAGCCGCACAAGGAAAUAUAUUGAUAGACGGGGUUAAAAUAAACGAAUUGGGUUUACAUACGCUACGUUCGCGCUUGACAAUCAUACCACAGGACGCGGUUCUCUUUUCGGGAACAUUACGGAUUAAUUUGGAUCCUUUCGAUAAACACAGUGACGAAGAAGUUUGGAAGUCUUUGGAGCAUGCGCAUCUUAGAGAAUUCGUUAAAGGUUUGCCGGCCGGUUUGAACCACGAAGUUUCCGAAGGAGGUGAAAAUCUCUCCGUCGGCCAAAGACAAUUGAUCUGUCUUGCUAGAGCUCUACUGAGAAAAACGAAAAUUUUGAUAAUGGACGAAGCAACCGCCGCCGUCGACCUCGAAACCGACGAUCUCAUUCAAAAGACAAUCAGAACCGAAUUCAAAGAUUGCACCGUACUUACGAUAGCUCACAGAUUGAAUACCAUCAUGGAUUCGGAUCGUAUCAUCGUAUUGGAUAGGGGUAACAUAGCGGAAUUCGAUUCCCCAGCCAAUUUAUUGGCCAACGAUAAAAGUUUAUUUUACAGUAUGUCCAAAGAUGCCGGAUUAGCUUGAAAUGUAAGCUAAAUAAAAAAUUUUCUUUCGGAGUUCAAUCGUUUAUUUAUUUUUUUUUUGGUUUUAUGUAUUUUCAUUUAUUUUUGUCGGUUUUCAAAAUUUAUUCUUAUUAUAUAUUUCCAAUUGCAAAAAAUUCCAUCUCGCCCUAGUGAAGUAUGUAUGUCACUUAGGGUGUCAUAUACGCUGCACCCCAAAGAAUUUAUUGUGUCUUUCUAGCUGUGACAUUGGGGAUGAUCAAUAUUCACACCGAUCUAUUGAUUCCAGAAGGUUCAGCAAGCUGUCAAAUAUCUUCUAUUUAUAUGCUUCCUGGUGUAAUGCUCUGGGGUACCAUGGUCUUUGUAAUAGACCUGCACGUCUACCAAACCCAGUUCUUUCAGUACCCUUCGAUGCGACAAUGCCGCCAUUGAAUUUCUGUUAUUAUUUGUAAAUUGUUUCCAUUUAGGGUGAUAUGUUCCAUAGAUUUUUUUGGUUCUAGUUUCCCAGGUGUAUCUUUGUCAAUCUCAACUCCUCUAAAUUGUUCCAGUGAUUUUUUUCUUAUCUGCCUCCUUUUCUAGUCUAUUUUCAUGUAUAGCCGAAUACCCAGAAGGGUUUAUCCGCCCAUACUAGGUGAGGUCACUAUAUUAUUAAUUAAUAUGUGUGAACCUAAUCAAACUUUGUAUUUUUUUUGUUUAAAAAAAUUUUGGGUUGGCUUCUCUAUAUGUGCCAAAAACACCAAGGAGAUAUGAAGCUUAAAUCCUUCUAAAUUCUUAAUUAUAACAAAAUAAAUCAAAUUUUAUUUUACAUCAAACGAUUUAAUUCCGAAAAAAUUAUAGUUUGAGACAUAAACAUAUUUUAAAAUUCGAAUUGUCAUAUUUUUGUACUUAAAUUUGCUUUAGAGUUUUUUUCUAAUUCGCCUUUAAAUAUAUACUUAAACAAGCAACUUAAAUUGUGAUCUUACGAAUUGAUAAUUUGAAAUACUUAAAAAAUUACUUGAAAAUAAGUAAGAAACAAUUUGCAAACAUCAGUAUUCUUGCCAAUUUGUUUGUAAAUAGUUACAUUUUAUUGUUACACACAAUAUAUAAAAAUGAAAUACAAAAUGGUUUUGUAUAUUUUUAAGAGUUCUCGUUUGUUUAAUAAAUGUUAAAAAUUUA